AUAUUUCGGUUUCAACUAAUUUUGGCAAUUAACUAAUUGCAUUGUGUUAUCUUAUAACCUUGCCAAAUUGGGGAAGAUGAUAUUAUAAUAGGUAAUUGACACAUGUAAAGGUUUAUUUGACCACUAAGCUUGGUACAAGAACGAGUGUCUAAGGGCUCAAUCAAUAAUCAAAUCUUGACCCUUUAUUUAAAAAAUUCAGAUCUAAAGAUGGAGAACUAAAGACCAUUUUUAUUUUUUCUAGUUUUCUUAAUAGGUUUAUAUCAUUUUCGUUUUAAGUUGAAGAUACUGAUGUUGAUAUUGUCAGGAUGGAAGCUGUCCGCCACCUAGGGCUGAUUGGUAGGCUGCUAUCUGAGAAGGAACCAAACGUUAAAUCUUUGAAGAUUGCCCUAGCAAAAGCGUGGAGUUUAAAGAAAGAAUUCCAAAUUACGGAGUUGGGCAACAACAUGUUCGCUUUCCAAUUUUUGGAGAUGGAUGAUAGAAAUAAGGCUUAAUAAAGGAGGAGAAUUAAAAGAAUUUCUAGUGAAGUAUGAGAAGCUGCCACUUUUCUGCCAUUCAUGUGGAAGAAUAGGGCAUGUAAAGACGAGGUGUCCACAACCCUCACAAUUGGGGGUGGAUCCUUAUGGAUUUGAUAUGAGGACAACUCCUCCAGCACCGAGGAACUGGCUAUCACACAGAGCAUGAAAGGCAGAGACAGAUAUAUGGAGGCAACUACGAAGGAAGUUUGACAUGGAAAGCUCAGGGUCAAACUUGGACAAGGAGGGACAGCUGAGUAAAGAUGAGAAGCAAAAAGAGUCGGAUCUUACUUCGCAAGGGGAGAAGACAGUGCCUGAACCAAUUGAAACACAACCCCCUGAAAUACAUAAAAAACAUGGGGAGUUAGAGGAGGAUAAUAUGCAGCAGAACAGGUACAAUGAGAAGGGGAUAGCCCCUGAAACAUAUCGAGUAUCAACAGAAGUAAAGGUCAUAACGCCAAAGCAAGCUGAAGGAGCAGUUAAAAAAUUUGUGAUGACGGCUGAUACUGGUGCCAAAGAAAAAAGGUUGAUGGGGAAGGUUUGGAGGAGACAUGAUCAAACCAAACCUAGGUCACCAACAAAGGCUCAAGUUACACCUCAAAAGAGAGAGAUGGAGAUUCUGGGUGAGGAUGUUCUCCAACACCCGAAGAAGAUUAAGGCUCUCAAUCUGGGUAACGUAGAAACAGAAGGAUACAAAGAGAGACAAACCAAUAAGGAUGGCAAAAAGGCGGACUCUGCCAAGGAGCAGAGCCGCCCAGCCCAAUGAGUUAUUUAAGUUAUAAUUGCCGGGGUUUGGGGAGUCCCCUGGCAAUUAAAAAGCUGGGUCGGUUGAUCCAAUGUGAAAACCCCAAGGUGGUCUUUGUAAUGGAGACCAAAAAACAGAACAGGGAAUGGGAAGAGGUAGUAAAGCAAUUCCCAGGAUAUAAGGGAUUCGGUGUGGGAUCAGAGAGGAGAGCAGGAGGUCUUUUAGCCUUGUGGCAGGAGGAUAUUCAGCUAGAGAUAAAGGGGUACUCUGGAAACCAUAUUGAUAUGAAAAUAGAAGAGGAUGGUAAGAGUUGGCAAUUCACUGGAAUAUAUGGGUGGCCAGAGCAAAGACAUAAAUAUAGGACCUGGGAUCUG